CAUGCCUGGAAGACGCAGUGCCCCUGGUUAGCAAUCUGGAGAAAUCCUGUGCAGCUGACAUUGAACACCCUUAGAGCCAAAGCUAUCAUUAGCAGUUGUUCUGGUCCGACCGGGGUUGUGAGUGCAGGUCUCUUGACGUAUACAACUAGCAAAGGAUUCUUUGUAUUCUCUGCCAAGGAUAAAAUAAGAGUGGAUCGGACUCUGCAGCCCUUUGAAGAUUCUACUUUAGAACAAAUGACGACGCGAUCGCCCUCACAAAUAGCCAUGCGGAGGAUACAGAGCGAGCUCUCAGAUUGGCUACUGGAUGAAAGGAGGCCAGAGGGGUGUCAUCUGGAGAGCUUCGAGCCGCUUUUGUCAUGGAUAGUUGUCAUAGAUGGUCCAGAUGUUGCACCCGGCAUGCCAAAUCUCUACGCUGGAGAGCGAUUCAGGCUACGAGUCAACUUCUCGGAUCGGUACCCACUGGACCCUCCUGAGGUGUUCUUCAUCCCCCCCUCGCCGGUGCACCCGCACAUUUACAGCAACGGUCACAUCUGCCUGGAUAUCUUAUACGAUGGUGACAAUGGCGGCUGGUCCCCUGCCCUCACACUGGGCAAGGUGGCCAUCUCUCUGCGCUCCAUGCUUGCCUCCAACUCUGAGCGGAAACGGCCACCUGGAGAUCAGGAGUACUGCGCGCGCACAUGUGGCCGCUCACCUAAGCAGACGCGCUGGGAGUUCGAGGAUGACACCGUUUGAUGAUGUCAUGCGCAGCGCCCUGGGGUGACAUCAGCUGUGGAUGCCGAGACAGCAUUGGCUGACGGUCACAUGCGCCCUGGGAUGAUGUCAGCUGGAGUCAGUAGGGCUAGCUAGAUGUAAAAUCGGGCCAGAAGCCCCUUGCAGCCCUCUAAAGAGAGAGCUCCUGCAUUCUGGAGACUUUCGUGGGAAAGCCCAGGGGAUCUGUGCUGAUGCAUGGUCGUGGAGCGCUCGUUUCACAGUAUGCGCACAUUCUUUGAUGUUCUCGUUUUUAUGGAUCUGCACUUCGUCCGUGCUGUCGUUAUGAGGAGCUCUGCCCUGUUCUGUGCGAUACGACUCCAUAUUAUGGAGGUAUCAUUGGAAUUCAUGUGCGCAGCUGGUAUCUAGAUGCUUCUUUGGAAAUGUACAAUAGGUCCAAGCCGCAAUAUUGGGCGGCAUGCGAUCAGGCCAUCAGCGGUGUGAGACAUGCAUUCUCAAAUUCUCUAGGGAUUAGCGCUAUGUCUACUUGUCCUGCACUAUACUCCAUGUAAGAAAACUAGAUUUUACUC